AUGAUCUCGUUUAUUUCUAACCGUUCGUCUUCAGAUGAACCGGUCAUUUCGGCCCAGACGGCAGCUUUCUUCUCGAUCUGUCUGACAUUAGUCUAUGUGGUCCCAUUCUAUGUCUCUUCUACCACUCGGCCAUCUCCCACUCUCAGCCGAGAUGCGCCGUCCGUGAUCCGGGCUAGAAUUAAGGCUGUGACUCUAUCUUGCGUCGGGAGUACCUUAGCUGUCUCAUGGCUGAUCAUCGCCAAGGGCAAUGUCUCUCUACUUGAGGCACUCAGAUUUCUUGGGUGGUGGCCUGUAGGAUUUGCGGAGGUUCUCCGCAGCUUGUUGCUAACCGCCAUUCUGUUCGCCGGGCCCCUCUUCGAGCGAGGGAUUGCCGAAGGUGAGUGGAGAGAUUGGAUCAAAGGGAAUAGGAUCCCCGAAACCCUUCGCGGGUGGAUCGGAUGGAGAAAUUACGUCGCUGGCCCGGUCACUGAAGAGGUCAUGUUUCGCUCCGCCAUCAUACCUCUCCAUAUACUCGCCAAGGUAUCUCCAGGGCGCAUCGUGUUUACAGCCCCUCUAUAUUUCGGGAUUGCCCAUGUACAUCAUUUUUAUGAAUUCCGUCUAACUCACCCGGACACCUCAGUCCUAGCGGCGCUGCUCAGAUCGGUCUUUCAAUUUGGCUAUACCACCAUCUUCGGGUGGUAUGCAACUUUCAUCUACCUGCGUACAGGAUCUCUACUAGCUGUCAUCCUCGCUCACGCAUUCUGCAAUUGGUGCGGACUUCCUCGUCUUUGGGGAAGAGUUGAGGCCGGGGUUCCGCUCGGACCACCAUUAGUUAAAGGCAAAAACGAUACAGACCGGGGGCCGGUUUACGCGUAUAACCAACUCGGCAUUGGCUGGACCAUCGCGUACUAUGCAAUUCUCGUUGGAGGGGCCACUAGCUUCUAUUAUACUCUAUGGCCUCUAACGGAGUCUUCUAGCGCUUUGGUUACAUUUACAGGGCCUUGA